AUGCAAGACCAGGACCAGUAUGUGGAUGUCGACAACGAACUACGCUUGAAGGAGAUUAGUCGACGCUCAGCAUGCGACCGAUGUAGACGGAUGAAGACGCGCUGCGAUCGAGGCAGCAACUGGGAUCUUGCUCAACUACAACAAUGUCGUCGAUGCUGGCAAGCACGAGUCAAGUGUAUCACGACUAUGGAGGGUCAGCAACAUAUAAACAGGCCGUCAGAUGAGCCCAACCACAGGCACUGGAAACAUUUCAGGGCCCCUUCUUAUGCAUCUAGCAGCAGCUAUCAAGUUUCUGAAGUUCUUAAACAUGCAGCUGGGCAGCAUUCAAAUACAUCAGCCGAACAGAGUCGAGGGCAAUUCAUCGCCGACGUUCCCCCAUCAUAUCCCACUGCAGCAGACUCAAGAUCCGACUAUGAUAUUUGGUCAACAUACGAUAUCGACAACUCAUGGCGUGAUUCAGGCGAGGGUCUGAAUCAAGAAGAAACUCCCACGCAUACAAGACUGGCCUCUAUCUCGUCUACAAACAGGACGUUGCAAAACCCAGCUCCAUCAAUUGACAUAACAGACUCAUCCACAGGCGUCCAAAGCCUUCUUGCCACCUCCCACUUCAACCAUACUUCGGAAGAGUGUCGCGAUCUAUUUCUACACGACUCUUCCAUACCUCUAGAAUCAGAAUCUCUCGACAAGACCAUCAUGAGCGAAUUGAUGAAGUUCAACAACAGAGUGUCACUCGACCUUCAAGACAGCCCCGAGACCUCUCACAUCACCACCAACAACAAAAGCGUACUGGUCAAGACCUUCCAGCACUCAAUCGUUUUCACAGAACUACUAGCGCGCAUCCGGCAAGCGGGAGACAUUUCAGACGGCAGCUCAUCAGGCUCCGAGAGCGCUGAACUGCGCUACGGCUGCAGCGCAUCCGAGCCCUACAGCAAAGUAGACACAGAUCUGGCACUCCAACUCCUUUCUUGCAACAUGAACGUAAACAACAUGUACAAGCGUCUCUACAUGGAGCUCCGGACGCGCAGCUGGGAAAUCGGAAACGCACAUGUUCUUCCGACACUAUCGCUCGAGGGUCUCCAAAGCCUCGACGUCGUGAUGCGCAACCAGGUGCUGUUGCAUGUUUGUCUACUCAACUUUGCAAAGAUACAGAGCGAGUUUGAGGUUAUUAGGAGUCGCGGGUAUUUGACGCCUACAGCGGAGAAGACGUUUCAGAUUGUGAUUGGGGCGAGUAGGAACAGGGCACUGAGUGAUGGGUUGGGGAUUGAGCAGAGUCUGGACAAUUUUAGGCAGAUGCUUGUUGAUGGAGGGGUUUUGUCUCUGUGA